AUGGCCCCCAAGCAACGCAUGUCUGUUGCUAAUUCACAGUUUAGCAAGAACGUUAGCAAUCGCGGAAAUGUUGCCAAGUCUUUGAAACCCCAGGAGGACAAGUAUCCGGUCGCGCCUUGGCUUAUCGGACUAUUUCUGUUCGUUGUUUGUGGAUCAGCCAUUUUCGAGAUAAUUCAAUACGUGAAAAUGGGAUAG